AUGUUUGAAGCUAGAUUAUUACAAGCCAAUUUAUUAAAGAAAAUUUUAGAAGCUAUUAAAGAUUUAGUCGAAUCAGCUAACUUUGAUUGCAGUCCAGAAGGUAUUUCAUUACAAGCUAUGGAUACUACUCAUGUCACAUUAAUCAAUUUAGUCCUCCGUAGCGACGGUUUCGAAUCAUACAAUUGCGACAGAUCAUUAUCCCUUGGUUUAUCUCUUGUUUCACUUUCAAAAAUUCUUAAAUGUGCUGGUAAUGAUGAUGCUCUUACCAUUAAAGCUCGUGACAAUGAAGCUGAUACCGUUACCUUUGUCUUUGAAAGUCCAAAGAAUGACAGAGUUAGUGAUUUCGAAGUUAAAUUAUUAGAUAUCAAAAAUGAACAAUAUACCAUUCGUAAUUCAGAAUACUCAUCUGUCAUUAAAAUGCCAUCAAGUGAACUCCAAAGAAUCUGCAGAGAUCUUUCAGUUAUUGGUGAAAUUGUUACUAUUAGCUCAAAUAAAGAUGGUGUUAAAUUCUCUGUUUCUGGUGACAGUGGUUCAGGUAACAUUACUGUUAGACCAACUACUGAUUCAGAUGUUAGUGCUGAACAAGCUACUGUUAUUGAAUCAAAAGAACCAGUUGUUCUCAACUUUGCCUUAAAAUUCCUUAGCAACUUCACCAAAGCUACUCCACUCUCACCAACUGUUGUCAUUAAAAUGUCUGAAGGUAUUCCAGUUGUUGUUGAAUACAAAAUUGAAGAUUUAGGUUACUUAGGUUUCUUCUUAGCCCCAAAGAUCGAAUAA